AUGUCAGACCCAAACCAGACAUUUCUAUACCAAGCACGCAACCCCAGUAAUUCAUCAUCUUCAACAUCAAUCUUCAACGAAAAUUCAAGUCGCACUCCACAUGCCGAAUCUCGCUCACCCAGUCCUGCAAGAUCUUGCCAUAAACCCGCUCUGGAGGGGUGUCCGCCUUUUGAGUAUCAAAAAUCCAGAGCUACCAGUACUCCGUCAGCGUCAGAUUCAUCACAAUCUUCUCCGUUUUCGAUGUCUUUGCCCCGCUGCCCCCGACAGACAGACUUGAGUAUAUACCCACGAGACUCGGAAUCAUCACUCUCUAAUACUACGCCGCCAUUAAUAUCGCCUAUUAAAGAGUUGCCAGACCAUGUCACUGUUUCCAAUAAUCCCCCAUUGAUACCAACUUUAGCGGCGUCUCCAGCUGGCAUGUCUUUGCACACCUCAACAACCCUCGACGGAUCCUCGAUUACAGUUGUAGUGGGGUCGAACAAAAAUUUAGAUGACGGAUCUGGUUAUGCGACUUCCAGUAGAGAAAGGGGUUCUGGUUUGCCUGGAGGCACAUUGGCAAAAUUUUCACCAUCGAGUUUGGGUAUGGAGGUCGGAUCAAGUGGUGCAAGCUCUAGGAGAGAGAAAUCGUCGAACAGAUCUGGUUCUCCGCGGAAAGGGGCAAGAUCUGUUUCAGAGUUGGCAGAAAUGUUCGAUAAGAAAUCAACCAACGAAUAUGAUAAACCUGGUUCCACCUGGGAGAAGAAAGUGGAGAAAGGAUGA